UACAUGGACGACUGCACUGGAUAAAUAUCUCCACCUUACUAAAAAUGGAAACAUCUCUGACACAACAACAAAAAAAUGUUGGUUAACCUAAUUUCUUAAAAUUUCUUUUAAAAAAGGGUUUCAUCAUCAUCGACGGAUCAGUUUGGUUGCAUAUGUUAUACCAAUCGAUAAUCAAUAUUUAGCGUCGUUCAUCAAUAGCUGGCUUCUAACCUAAACAGCAUAGCACAUUAACGUGUUGCGGAUCGUACCUACUGAAGCAAGCCUUCAACAUUAACAAUGCAAGGGAAUUUAGGCUUGUACCUUGUUGCGGUACUGUUAGUCAUGAGCUCAUUGGUCAAUAGCCAAGCGUGUGAUGGCAAUCCUUGUCUCAACUAUGGGCGGUGCACCGACAAUGGUGAUGGCUCGUUUACUUGUGAUUGCAGAGGCACAGGCCAUAUGGGAGCAACUUGUAACAUAAAUGAUCCAUGUGCGCCGUCGCCGUGUGAGAAUAACGGGGUAUGUUCAAUAGUUGAUGACGAAGCAUCGUGUUUUUGCCCUGGCACUGGCUAUACUGGCAAAUUCUGCGGUGAAGACGAUCCUUGUUCUCCUAGUCCUUGUUUAAACAAUGGUAAUUGUGUCCUUAAUGGCACUGAUUUCAAGUGUGAAUGCGGUGGUACUGGAUACGUAGGUCUACUCUGUAAUCAAGACGAUCUGUGCUCACCAAGUCCAUGUUUGAAUAAUGGAGAGUGCUCAAUUACUGCUCAGCCUCCUGGAUUUGUAUGUGACUGUGGAGGAACAGGAGCGCGAGGAGAAUUAUGCGGCGAGAACGACUGGUGCUCUCCGAAUCCUUGCAGAAAUAAUGGUGAAUGUGAAAGGAUAUCCGACACAGGCUUUCGAUGCUAUUGUAACGGCACAGCACACUUAGGAGACAAUUGUGAUGAUCCCGAUCCAUGCUACCCGUUACCAUGUAAGCACGGGACCUUUUGUAGAAGCCUUUCUCGGACGGAGUAUGUGUGUUUAUGCGAUGGGACAGGUUACGUUGGCGAUAACUGUGAAUUAGACAAUCCAUGUAUACCGAACCCGUGCGAAAACGGUGGCAAAUGCAACGUGAGCGACAAUUACAGAAUGAUAUGUACGUGUGCAUUAGGUUUUGAAGGCACAUCAUGUGAGAUAGGUAAGCUCAUACAAAUUCUUAUUUUAUAUU